AACGGUUCUAUGAGGAAGGUAACUUAAGGUUUAAGUUUCAAGUUUUGGCGUCCGUUUCCAUGUUAACAAGCAGGGUGAAAUUUUUUGUGUACAAUGAAGAAUGAAUUAGAAAAAUUCAUUCAACGUGUUCAUAAUAAAGUAAUUAUUGCUACUGCAAUUACAAUAAUUAAAAUAAAGCCAAUAGGAACAACUAUAGAGGAUCAUUUCAAAAACAUCAAAACUCAAUGUGUACUAGCUUGGGAAAAGGAAGAAAUAAAUUCACCAUUUCAGAGCAAGAUUAUAAAAUAUCUGCAGAAAUAUAUAAUAAAUGAAAUAAGCGAUUUGAUACCGACACAACCUAAUAAGUGCAUUGAAGAAAUAAACCAACUUUCAAGUCAGUUCAGUGAGCUGUGUCUUGACAUGGAAGACAAGACGUCAAGCGAUGAGUCUUCCUCAUAUGAAAGCAAUAGUGAAUUCAUCAAAGCAAUAAUAAAGUUGAAGUCCAUUGUUAACACUAAGCGUACGCUCACUUUUCAAUCUUCAACACCUUUUCACCACUGGAAUGCUGUAACUUGGAUCCAUUCAGAUUCGGGAAAUGAUCAAUUUUCUAAUCCCAGUGACAGUAUUCCAUGCAGCUUAUUCAGGCAUAUAACUCAUUCUUCUGGUACGGAUAUUGUGCUAACUAAAUGCCUUGAAACUAUUUUCACCUUUUUGGGAAAAGCAAUAUUAAUAAACGGCACUGAAAGCUUCAACAAUUGGAAAGGCUCAGUGUUAGAGCAUGUAUGUUAUAAUAUAAAAAAAAGUGCAUUUGAUCCAGAUUGUACGUUUUUUAUUGUGAAAUUUUUAAGAAAAGCUUUGGAAUUUAUUUGGUCUUCGAAAUCAGAUGGAAAGAUCACUUCUUGCGAAUGUCAAAUGUUAAUGUUAAACGAAUUGUGCUGUACUUUUGAAAUAUGUAAACAUGCAAUGGAAAUGCUUAUUGGGAAAAUAGAACUCAUUUCUGAAGCGGCAAAUAUAGCAAGCUAUGAUUGCAGUAUUGAUUUACUAGAAAAAACGCCUCAUUUUCUCCAUUUGACCCUGCGCCUCUUGAAAAAAUUGCUACAGCUGCGGAGAAAAAGUGCAAAAACAAAAGCUGUGCAAAUAGACUGGAAAAUUGAUGUAGACGCGCGGAAAUUGGAUGAUGAAACUUCACCCAUCGUAGUAGAUAUAGAAGAGAAACUCUUAAAUUCAUGGAAAGAGAAAUGCGAAAAAUUGGUGAUUACGUCUGGCAAAAUUUAUCCGCUGAUUGGGACCAGUGCAUGGAGGAUAGUGAAAAAUUUAGACAAGCUGGGAAAAAAUGGAAAUGAAAAUUUACUGUGGUUAACUUAAGAUUGAAGUAAAUUAAUUCAUUUCAAAAAUUUGAAGAGAUUGUGCUCUAUUUUACAAUUUAAAUAAAAUGUAAAACUAAUGUAAUCCUAAUUUUCACUGUACAUCUAGAAACGGCCAAAUGAUAAAUACAGAUACAUAUUUAUAUAGAAUUUUAAGCGAGUAUUUAAUUUUUUUGUCUUCGGCCAUCUGCCACAUGUUAACUGUAUCCCAGAAGAGAGGUCAACCCGCCAAGCAGGCACACAGAUGAUAUUAUACCCAUUAUUCCAUCUUACAUUUACUGACUGUAACAGAUCCCCUUUUGAAGAUAUGGAUAAAAAAUAAUUUACAAUAAAUACAUCUAUAGACAAUUACACAUUCACUUGGGGUCCGAGGCCGUUACCCUAAGAGAUAGUAUUUUUUUCUCCCAUUGUGAGUUAAGACUUUCACAGUUAAAUUGUAUAUUUUGACAGACAUUUUAUAGAAAUAUUGUGACAAAGUUUUAGCAUGAAAUUAAGAGUGUGUUUCUCCUCAAUGCGAUGGCUUUUCUCCUUACUUCUGCAAAUAGUAAUUGUGUGUACUAAACACAACUCGAUAUUUACCUUAUGCAUUUCUUUGAAACACCUUUUGAGGUUGGUUUUGAAGCUUUGAAAGUAGAACAUAGAUCUAUAAUCAACUACUGAUAGGAUAGAAGCUGCGACUACAUCCAUGCUCCCCAGCAGCUGUUAGUAAUGCUGCAUAUUAAAUAAUUUUUCACCAUUUUUCUAAAACAAAGGCAGUAUGAUUUUUUCCAACACAGUUUUUUGUUCAGAUGAAAAGCAAAAAAUUGGACCUAGUGACUGGGAGUGGCAUGCUAUCAGCUUCUUCAG